UACUGGAGGACUUUUAGAGUCGUAUACAGCGGCUUUAGCCUGUGCUAUAUGCCUAACGUAAGAUCGUAGGAGACGUUCCUAUAACCUGAAACCACGAUGAGUAGUGUCGCCUUGCGACAGUCUCAUUCCUCUAGCUGUAACGAGGAUGACGAUUGUGGGCUGUUAUGAGUCAGCCUGACCUAUUCAGUGAAUAUGUGCGUCCGAAAAGGUUCUAUUUUGGUCUUUAGGUGGAAACCUCAUGGCCAUGUGGUGUCUUCUCAGAUACCAUCCAAAGCUGUCGCAGAUGAUUCGAGUUCCACGGAUAGUAGGUCGCCCGUUGUUUACACGAGACAGCAUUUCCGACGACGGUUCCCACCACGUCGAUCUGUUUAUAGCGCUCCUCGGAGAUGGGCCUGUUGAUAACACAUCAGUUAAGUCCAGCACUGACUCGACGCCCUUCGCGAUCUCCGCGCCCAUCCGCCACAGCACGGAUCUUUCGCGAUCCGUCCCGCUCCGUUUCGACACACGAGCCAUGUCCUCAUCUGGUCGUUAUCGCGAUAAUGAAGUUGCUUUUUGGGAAGGGCGAUGCCAAUAUGGCGGGGUAACUCUAUUUGCGAAACGAAAGAACAGAGCGAGGCGGCGAGGAGCAGAUGUUGGAGGUUUUUUGGGAUACUGCAGCUUUGUGGGUCCAUGUCGUCAGUACCAGGAAUAGACGGGUAGAAAAACGUGUUGCAAAGGCCGCGGAUGUCCCUUUCCCCGGUUGAUGAAGCAGCCGGCCGUGGGCAGAGAGUGGUUUGCGUUUCUCGGAAACAUGUGGUGUACUCCCCUCGAGUCGGACAGGCACCCGCACGUAUCUUCCCGUGUAGCCCGCGAUUUCUCAAAUAUAUACGUUGAAGGGUGACACAAAAGCCCUGU